AUGAUGAGGGCGGCCCUGGUCCCCGCCCUCUGCCUGGCGACCGCCGCGGCCUGGUCGAGGCUCGAAAUAGCCCUGCAAAACUACCCGCGAGUCCACGACCGGAACCUGCGCGCGUUCGAGAAGGGCGACCCCGCGGCGCGAAUCGUGCGGGCGAAGGUGAAAAACGGAUUAGGGAACCGCGAGCAAGCCCUCCUCUCGGGCUUCGCGCUCGCUUUGGCCGCGAACGCCGCUCUCGUCGUCGAGUGGCCGCCGCGCGGCUGCGACAACUAUGCGGGAGUCGCGGUGGCCUGCGACGACGUCGGCGCCGAGGAGCUCUACGAGCGGCCGCCCUUCAACUGGACGGCGCCCGAGGCGGUGGCCUGUGCGAAAGCGGCCAGAAAUCUCAAUUACCACGGCUUCGAGGCGACGCUGCAAAGGGCGAACCUCUUUGAAAUCACGCGAGGCGUCCUCGACGUGCGGACGGAUCACCACUACCUCCUGGCCGUCCUCUGCAACGAGCGCGUCAACUCGACGCGACUCUUCCCGCCGGACGCGCUUAUCUCGCAACGGACGCUCGAGCGCUAUCUGCUGCGGCCAAGACGCAGCAUCCGCGACGCGGUCCGGGACGCCCUUACCCGGGCCGGCGGGUGCGCCCUCGGCGUUCACGCCCGCUCGCAGAAGCGGUCGCACGGCGACGAGACGCCAUUCACAAAGCUGCUGCCACUACUCGGAGACAGAGGUGGCCUCUUCGUGGCGAGCGACGGGCACUCCGCCUGGUUGCAGCAGGAGCUCUACGCCGCGGCGCGGGCGCGGAACGUGAGCGUCGUAGAGCUCGGAUUGCCUCCCGGCGCCGUCGGCGCGUUGGCCGAGAACUACGCCCUGUCGGAGUGCGGCCGCCUCGUGCCGACGCGACGAAGUUCCUUUUUCCGCCUCGCGGCCGUGCGCUCGAAGAGGCCCCACGUGCGAGCGGUCUGGGCCUGCCCGGCGACGGAAUUGCAGGCCCGCGCGAUGGCGUCGAGCGGGGCCACGGUCGAGAGCUGCAACGUCAUGGCCCAAUGUCCCGCGCCCGGGGGACGGUACACGUACCGACGGCGACGGCUGGGCGCUUUCGGGGAGGCGCGGCGGGCGCCUUUAUAA